CUAUCUGCCCCCAGCUCAAUCUCCAUUGCCCUAAUCCCCAUCUCACCUGCAGCGGCGCUGGCCGGCGGCAGCACCCAAGAAACCAUCUGAAUCAUGGCCAAAUCCGGUCGACGCAAGGAGACGGCGCCCUCCCGGCCGUCGGCAACCUCGCCAACGCAGACGCAGCACUUCAACUCCGGCGCCCCGACGAGCUCCGCCAACCACAAUCCACCGCCGUACUUCUACCCCGGGGCCCCCACAAGCUCCUCCGCCAACCCAUCGACACCCCCGCACAUGUACCCUCAUGGCAUGGAUAGCUCCUCCACCAACGGGCUCGCAGAAUCAAUGGUAUUUUGCAUCUUGUGUUCUUGUGUUUCUCCAUUCAUUAGUUGUGAUGGUACAGCAUUAGGUAAUUUGCAUAUUGCGUUCUUGUGCAUCUGAAACAUUCUACAGUAGUGUACUACUUCAGUGAAUAACAAGUACAGUUAUAUUACUGAAUUUGCUAAGAUAACUUGAAACUGAAAAUUGACUAGAAGAUGAAUCAGUAUGUGUGCAAGUGUAUCUAUCUAGCGAGUGUAGUGUAAAUAAGUAGCAUGAAGAAAAAGGAACAAAAGCUUCCCUGUUUUCCCCAACUGAAUAUAUACACUACAGAUUGAGGCAUUUGCAUACACUAUGCUCAUGAAUUUUGAUAUUUAUAAUGGGAUGCCAAUGUAUACCCCUGCACCCGAUGGCUUGAUAAAUUUUGGACAGUUGCCACCAAAGCAUCCUUAUAAUUUCCGACCUCCACCAAUGCACCAUCGUGAAGAAGGAUACCAGAACAUGGAGAAUUUGCACUUUGUUGGUGCUUCCCCACAUGAUUCCUUUUCAACACCACCACCACCACCGCACCCUAAAGCUGCAUCGCGGUCAGCUCCUGCUCAAGUUGGUUCAACUUCUUCCAAAAGGAAAAGGAAGGCCAUUACUGUAGAUGAUGAUGAAUUAGGAGAAAGGACCGCAUAUCGUCUGCCAUAUACACCCGACGAACAUGUCAGAUUGGCAUCUGCUUGGUUGGAGUGCUCACUUGAUCCUAUCGAAGGGAACGGAAAGAAGGGUGAGCAAUUCUGGGAUGACAUAGCUGCUCUAUACAAUAGUACCACAGCAAGUAACCGGAAGAGAGAUCGGAAUCAGUUGAAAAUGGAGUGGCAACGGACUAAGAAAAGGCUCGCUGCUUUCCAUGGUGAGUGGCUUGCUGUAAUUGGCGUAUAUCAUAGUGGUCACAACACUAAUGACUUGGAAAAAAUGGCCUUGGAGAAGUAUCAUAGUGGUCACAACACUGUUCAUAGUGGGAGUAACUUAGGUAGUAACAUCACACAUUUCAAGGUAUUUCGGUGACAUGGCAUAGCAAUAAAUGGAGA